AUGCUGAUCCGUAACAUUGAGCUCGAAAAGCAAGCCUGCAUGCUUGUGAAUUGGUACGAGCUUUUUGAGAAAGAUACGAUCAAGUCAUGCAUAAUCCCGGUGCCGGAUGAUGUACUAGCGUAUCUGCGGCAAGAUAUACUCAUUCUGCCGCAAGAAUGUUCCAACUUCACCGAUGUGAGCACCGGCGAAGGAUUCCAAACCACACACUACGACGCGUUCGAUGAGCGGUUCGGUAGUGAUGGUGCUGACGCUGAGGCAGAAGAGGAGGACGACGAACAACAGCCCACAUUUCCAGCCUUUUCGCAAACACUUAAGGACGCGAUUGGCAGCUUAGGAGGGAAUGCUUUUUUGAAGACGGACUGGCACUGCCCGAAGGAUGCACAGUGGAUAACGCUUGGGCAAUCGCUAUGCGUUCGGGACAUAACCGACAUUUAUCAGCUUCUGAAAGCGUCCAGCUUUAGCAAGGAAGACUUCCGCGAACGUUCCACCGUAAACGACAGUGGGUAUCAUAUUGUGUUGAAGAAGUGGCGAGACAUUCACCCAGGUUCGGAGUUUCGAUGCUUCGUGCGCAAUGGAUCACUGGUGGCAAUUUCUCCCCGACAUUGGCCCUCGUAUCAUGAGCACAUAGCGCGCGAAAGGACGGAAAUUGUGAGCGAUAUUGUGUCGCUGUUUAAGGAAAAGAUUAAGGACACUUUUCCACUUAAGGAUUAUGUGUUCGACGUGUAUCGCCCCGGGAAGGAUAAGGUCAUUAUAAUGGAUUUUUCACUGUAUGGCAAGGGACAUUCCGACAGUUUGGCGUUCGAUUACGAUCAGCUGGAUGAUGAGGCACUGGUAGCAACAAUCGAGGAAGAGGAUGAACCGGAAUUCCGCUAUCUGCCGAACGAUUGCGGGAUUCAACCGAUUAAGCGCAACGUGUACGGAUUUCCACAGGAUUUCCGGAACUUUUUUCAGGGCGCUACUACGUCGGAGGGUGCCGGAGGUGACAGCAAUAAUCUGGUGAAUCGAUUGAUCGAACAGUGCAAUCUGCAGCAGCUGCAUGAUAAUGAAGAAUCUUAA